UGCAACUCAUCCAGUCUGUCAACACAAGUCUCAAGAAACUCUCUAAACCAGACAAAGAUCAAGUACACUACUUCUUCUUUGUCUGAGACUUCAAACACAAGAAACAAACAAACAUGAGAGACGUAGCUUUGUGUCUGUUUCUAUUCUUCUUAGCUGAACGUGUCAAUUCUGUUCCGACAAAAGAACAGUUUGAAAGCUGCUUGUCAACAAUCUCCAAAAACCCUCUAAAUCUCACUAACUACACAUCAGGUUCCAGAAUCGACACCGCCUUUUCGGAGUCUUCAUCUCCAGACUCAAGUUUCCUCAACUUGAAUUUCACAAGCCUGAAGCCGAUCCUGACCCUCAAACCAAAAUCCGAAUCAGAAAUCAAGAAAUCAAUACUAUGCAGCAAGAAACUUGGCGUGCAAGUAAGAACCCUAAGUAGUGGUCACGACUACGAAGGCCUCUCUUACCUCUCACUAUCACCCUUCAUAAUCCUCAACCUCGUUAACCUCCGCUCCAUCACCAUCAACCUCACGGAAGAAACUGCAUGGAUCCAGUCCGGAGCAACACUCGGCGAACUCUACUACAAAAUCGCCAAAACCAGCAAGGUCCACGCCUUCGCCGCAGGGACAUGUCCAAGUGUCGGAGUUGGUGGGCAUUUCAGCGGCGGUGGACUCGGUGCAAUGAUGAGAAAACACGGUUUAGCGUCUGACAGCGUUGUGGACGCGCGUUUGAUGGACGUGAACGGGAGAAUCCUCAACAGGAGAACGAUGGGAGAGGACGUGUUUUGGGCUCUAAGAGGAGGAGGAGCAGCGAGUUUUGGUGUAGUGUUGUCAUGGAAAGUUAAGCUCGCUAGGGUUCCUGAGAAGGUAACUUGCUUCAUAAGUCAUCAUCCAAUGGGAGCAAGCAUGAACAAGCUCGUUCAUCGGUGGCAGUACAUAGGAGCAGAGGUAGACGAAGAUCUCUUCAUCAGAGUCAUAAUCGACAACACUAAAGGAGGAGGUCAAAGAAGAGUGCAAACUGCUUUCCAAGCUUUGUUUCUUGGUGGAAUCGAUAGAUUGAUUCCUCUGAUGAACCAGAAGUUUCCUGAACUCGGAGUACAAGCUCAAGACUGCAAGGAAAUGAGCUGGAUCGAAUCGGUAAUGUUCUUCAUCUGGAAGUCAGGACAACCGUUAGAGACACUGCUCAACAGGGACCUAAGAUACGAGGAUCUUUACAUCAAAGCAAAGUCAGACUUUGUUCAAAACCCAAUUCCUGAAAACGUUUUCGAAGAAGUGACCAAAAGGUUUCUCGAGAAAGAGACUCCACUCAUGAUUCUAGAGCCAUUGGGUGGGAAGAUAAACGAGAUAUCAGAAAGCGAGUCUCCAUAUCCACACAGGAGAGGGAACAUUUACAACAUACAGUACAUGGUGAAGUGGAGAGUGAAUACAGUCGAGGAGAUGAACAUGCAUGUCACGUGGAUGAGAAUGCUUUACGACUACAUGACUCCUUAUGUCUCUUCAUCGCCUAGAGGAGCUUAUUUGAACUACAGAGAUCUUGAUUUGGGAAACAACACAGGAAGCAAGACUAGCUUUGAAGAUGCUAGGGUAUGGGGUGAGAAGUAUUACAGAGGUAACUUCAAGAAGUUGGGUUUGGUUAAAGGGAAGAUUGAUCCAACCAACUUCUUCAGGAACGAACAGAGUGUUCCACCUCUGUUUUGAUUUCUCAAAAGACAAAACCAAAUGUAUUGUUAAUGUAUUUUUUUCUUCUAGUAGAUAUGUACCCAAUAACAGUUGAUUCAAAGGCGAAAUUGAAUAGAAAAUAA